GUCUCAUUGGUGGCGGGAGAAGUGGGCGGGUCACCGAGGAGCCUGAGGAAGAGGGCGGCGGCGUUCGUGGUGACUGAACGGAGAGCCCCGGUGACAGGAUGUUGGUGUUGGUAUUAGGAGAUCUGCACAUUCCACACCGGUGCAACAGCCUGCCGGCCAAAUUUAAAAAACUCCUGGUGCCAGGAAAAAUCCAGCACAUUCUCUGCACUGGAAACCUUUGCACCAAGGAGAGCUAUGACUAUCUCAAGACUCUGGCUGGUGAUGUCCACAUCGUGAGAGGAGACUUUGAUGAGAGUCUGAAUUACCCGGAACAGAAGGUUGUGACUGUGGGGCAGUUCAAGAUCGGUCUGAUCCACGGACACCAAGUUAUUCCGUGGGGAGACAUGGCUAGUUUAGCCCUGUUGCAGAGGCAGUUUGAUGUGGACAUUCUCAUCUCAGGACACACACACAAAUUUGAAGCAUUUGAGCAUGAAAAUAAAUUCUACAUUAACCCAGGUUCUGCCACUGGGGCCUAUAAUGCCUUGGAAACGAAUAUUAUUCCGUCAUUUGUGCUGAUGGACAUCCAGGCUUCUACCGUGGUCACUUAUGUCUAUCAGCUAAUUGGAGAUGACGUGAAAGUAGAACGGAUUGAGUAUAAAAAGUCGUAAAGCCAGGCCGCUCUCCACCACUUUGGGUUUUUUUCUCAUUUUCUUGUUCAAAUCAAAUAAUCAAACACUUAAGAGGCACACAGUUAUAUCACUUUUAUAAUAUUUUGCACUAAAAAGUCUUCUCUGUUAAUACAUAGUUGCUCUAAAGCUUCUUGUAAACUAUAAGAAUAUAUUUAGUUUGCAGUAUAUGGUUUCUGUAAGAAUAAGCCCACCCCACAGUGCAGUGCCACGUUAGGAAGUUUGUCCUUGUUUGUCCUUGUAAAUAUCUUCCUAGUUGGUAUUUGGCCUUCAUGAGAAAACUAGUGCAUGAAGAGAAAGAAUCCAGACUUUGUAUGUUUUCUCUUCUCUGGUAAUAAAUGUGUACCUUCCAUUUAGA